AUGGCUAGUUCCGAUAUGUCUAAGUCAGCCAAACCUGAGAAGUUCACCGGCUUGAACUACAAACGGUGGGCUAAUCAGAUGAAAUAUUGGCUUACAACUUUAGAACUUAUUUCUGCUAUUGACUCUGAUUUUUCUCUAUCAACACCUACGCCCUCUUCAUCAUCACAAGCUGAACCUACCUCCACACCUACCACAUCAUCCGGGGUUUCCAAAUCUCCUGAGGAAAUAAACUUUCAUUGUUACAACCGAAUCCUUAGUGCUCUUUCAGACAAAUUGUAUGACAUUUAUUAUGAGUAUAAGGAUGCAAAAGAAUUGUGGGUAGCACUAGAGUCUGAAUAUGGUUUAGAUGAUGCUGGUAUAGAACGUUUCUCAUCCUCCUCCUUUAAUAAGUUUGUUAUGGUAGAUAGUAAACCCAUCAAUGAUCAGCUUCAUGAAUUUCAAGACUACAUCCGAUACCUUCAGUCGAAAGGAAAUACUUUCUCUAAAGAAUAUAAGGUAUCUAGUCUUAUUGAUAAACUUCCUCCUUCUUGGUCUGAUUUUGCUAAAAAUCUCUGUCAUCUACAAGGUGACUUGACCCUUGUACAAGCCCUCAAAUGUAUUAGGAUAGAGGAUCAACAUAGGCAAAACUCCAAACCAAAAAAUGAAAUGAAAGCAAAAGUAAACCUAGUGGAAGAAAAGCCUAAGAACUUUAGAAACCCAAAUCAAACCUAG